AUGUGUGCUAGCGCGAUGGCAGGUUUGCUUCAUGUGGCAUUGGUGCUGCACUUGCCGGUGCUGGCCACCUCUGACUUGUGCUUGGAGUCAGGUAUUGCGGAGGAGAACCGUACAUAUUUGCAGGACGAGCAAGGAGACGAGCUCCCGAUUGGCCUCUUCACUUACCACCGAUCCUCUUCCAAAGUGGUGUCGCAAGUCGCCGCCAUCUUGAUUUCGGAGGUUCUGGGCUACCAUGUGGGCUACAAACAACUUUGGUUCCCCUUCACCGUGCUGGAACAAUCCCUCUGGCUUGCUUGCAGUGAUAUCGAUUGGGGGGCCUGGUUCACGCAACCGUGCAUCCCUGGCGAGAAUCGGUUUCACAUAGCCUUGGACGCAGGCUCGCCGGGGACUGCCUACGAGCAGGCGUUCACCAAUCCCCACUACGAGCUGGAGAAGUGCUGCGGGGACAGCCCAAGAGAGCUCGGCUCCAUGGGGUAUCGUGGUCGACAGCAGCUCUACAUGAAACGCGCACAAGUGGAGGCAGCAUUGGAGGAUGGCUUCAUCCUGAACUUACAUGGCAGCUACAACACCUCGCAUCAUGAAGCGAGGAAGUAUUUCGAUGGACUGGACUCCUUGAACUUCAGCCACUUCGAUACGUGCAACCGCACGUUGAAUCUUUGGAUGCCCUCCAGUAGGGAUCUGGCCUCGUACCUCGAAUGGACCGGCGACGUGGAGGGGGUCACUCAGGAUGCGGACGGAUCUUACCAAGCUCAGUGCCUGGAGGACCGUUUCUGGAUCGCACCAGCCUGCCGCCAGAAUGUCACAAGCUGCAUUGCCACAGUCACCUUCGGCGCCCUUCUGUGGCUCUCCAUGAUGCAUUGGUCUACCGCCCAUGGUUUGCCACUGGCCUUUGGAACCUACCCCGAUGAGGUUAACUUCUUCGAGAAGAUGAAGUACGGGAAAACCCUGUUCUACUGGUGGGAGCCGGAGAACUACCGGUUUGACGUAGACAAGGUGCCUCUCAUCCUACCUGUGCACAACUCCAGCGAGUGGGCUAUGGGGAAGCGGAGGACGGAGGAGCCACCCGGGUAUGUGGGGAAGCUGGUCAGCUCGAAUCUCCAGAGCAAGGCGCCUCGAGUGUACACCUUGAUCGAGAGGUUUGCUUUCGACAUUCGGAUCCUAGAGGAAGUGGCUCAAGUCCUUGCUGAGGGCGGCGUGUCGGCCGGAGAUCCUCUUGGGGAAGGAAACGAUGCGAUCUUUCGCCCGGCCUGUGACUGGGUCAAGUCCAGCGAGUCCGUGUGGAGGAACUGGAUUCCUCGACCCACCACGUGCGACCCAGGGUCUGGCAUUGCUAAUGCAGGUGGCGAAUUUCUUCUCAGUCGUGGCGACGAAGCGGACGGUUGCAGCGUAUGUUCGCCUGGCCGUUUCUCGGAGCCCCUUGUGGAUGGCGACGGUUUCACUUACCGCUGUGCCAUGUGCCCCCCGGGCACUUAUCAGGAGUUUGGGAACCAAGCUAGGUGCAAUAACUGCGCCUUGGGCCACGCAACAAAUGCGGCGGGCGCUACGGAAUGCGGCCUCUGUCCGUUAGGUACCUUUGCAGACCAGAAAGGCCACACGGCCUGCGAGAGCUGUGGGAACGAGGGCUGGACCACCAAGGAGCUCUUGAGCGAUCUGGACGACGGCAGCAAUGAUGGUCGUGCUCGUCGUUGGAUCGAAGUGGACGGGGCCACCUCCAAGGACGCUUGUGCAUGCGUUGAAGGCCGCCACCUCUGGCAAGGCCAGUGUGAGUUGUGCCUGGAGGGUGCGACUUGUCUUGGACCCACGAACCUCACGCUCAAGCCGGGCUUCUUCGCUUUCCCCGAGGAUCCCGGCAACGUUUUCCGCUGCUUUGGCAACUCGCAACGCUGCCCGGGUGGACUUCCCGGCAGCUGCGCGGCAGGCCGCGAUAACCGCAGCUUGGCCUGUGCCCAGUGCCUGCCGGGGUUCCAGCCACAAGAAGAUGGCCAGUGCCGCGAAUGCGCUGCAACGGACUUUGCCAUCGUCGUUGGCCUGUGCUUGCUCGGGGUUUUGGUUGUGGGCUGUCUGCAUGCAUCGCUGAUUGCGGAGGAGCAAUCAGCCAGCCAUGGCAGGCAGCAUGGGAGCCUCCUGAAUGUGGCAUUGGGCUUCAGCCAACUGGUGAUGUGCGCGCAGGUGUUUGGCAUCAUGCGCAGGUUGCGGAUUCCGUGGGAGGAGCCCUUCUCGCUUCUGUUGAAGGCAUCGGAAUACCUGUCACUGGACGCGCUGGUGUAUUCCUUCAGCUCCAUGCAAUGUGUUCUCCCAUCGUCAGGAGUGGCAGAUUAUCUGACGGCCGCGUCGUUGCUUCCACUGGCCUUUUUCUUGUCUUUGGUGCUUGUGCACUUUGCCUACAUUUGCUGGAAGAAGAGCGGCCUCCGCAUGGACUUGCUGGGGAAGACUUGUGGCUCGUUCUCCAUGCUCUUCCUCAUUUCAAUCAUGUCGUCAAUUCUGGAGCCCUUCUAUUGCUACUCGCAUCCGAAUGGAGACAGGACCAUGCAGUCCCGUCAUGACGUGUUCUGCAAUUUCCGGACUGAGCACCUGGAGAUAUGCAUGGCGGCCAUUGUCAUGUGUCAGGUUCCGCUUGCCUUCCUGGCCAUCUGUGUUCGGAUUGUUUUGAUCGACCUCCCGAAGCGGAUUCAAAGGGCCGACGUCGACUUUGUGAAUGCUUGUUCUUUCCUGAUUCUGCGAUACCGUCCGGGCGUAGAAGUCUUUGCAGUGGUUGUCUUGAUCCGGAACGCCCUCCUGACAUUUUCUCCUUUGAUUGCGUCCCAGGCUGGUAGUUUGCUGGUGCUCUGCAUUUCCCUCUACAUAACACUCUGUGGGGCGGCGUUUUGGCGGCCGUGGCGGACUCAGCUGGCCACCUACACGGAUCUGGCGAUGCACGCCGGCCUGCUGCUGGUCUUGGACAUGGGCAAGUUUUAUGCGCCCCUCCUGGAAGAGGGCUACACGCUAAUGAUCAUUUGCAUCGUGGCUUGCUGUGUCAUGCUCGUUUGGGGCAUUUUAGUUGUGACGGGGGCCGCAUGGCGCCGCUUCUCAAAGAACCGGCGCUUCCGCUUCGCCCUCAGCCAUCACACGCCCGAGGCAGGAACAUUGGCGCGCUUACUGAAGCUCGAGCUGCAGCAAAGGCACAACUUGCGGACCUUUAUCGGUUCUGACGAUCUGGCGGACCUGACGCAACAUUUCACCUGCAUCGCCCAGGAUGUCGACACACUGGUCGUCGUGGCAGGUCGCGAAUUCUUGCUACAGAGGUGGUGUGCCGGUGAGGUGGUGACAGCCAAAGCCCACGGCCUUGAUGUUGUGCUUCUUGCUUUACCCAAUUUUGUUAUGCCUGAUCGGCAUUUUGUGGAAGCUUACGAGACCCUAGUGCCGCGCGUGCACGAGCUUGCUGUCCAUGCGAUAGAUCUUGGGCAGAUUCAAGACACACUCAUAUGGUUGAAUUCGGUGGAACGCUUUGACCUCGUGGGUGGCGAACCGGAGAUGCUCACACGUGCGGUCAGAUGGCUGGUCGGUAACGAUAGUACGAUGAGGCAUCCCUCUGUCGUGGAGGCCAGCCGCUCCAUGAGUGCUGAUCGGAGCACGUACCUCGUCCUAGCGGACACGACGCACAUAGAGGCACAGGCCGCAGCUUAUGCCCUGUACAUGGUGCUGGGUGCGAAGAUGUUGGAGCUGUCCUUCAAGGGAUCGCUACGCGUGAUGCGCCCCGGGGAUAUGGCUGACUGUAUGUCUGACUCGGGCACAACACAGGCGUUGCUGCUCUGCACAGCAGGGUGUUUGGAGGUCCCUCAGGUAGCUCUUUGGCUUCUAGAGCUGGGUCGCCUCCACUCCAGCUUCAUCCUGCCAGUUGUUGCGGAGGACUCCUUUCAGUUCCCCCAUCCUGGUUACAACAAGCUUGCUGGCCCCUCCGGCGAAUUUAACGAUUUGGACAUGAAGCUCUACACCCAGGUCCUUGAGGCUGUGUUCCAUGAGAUCUCGGUGCCCUUCAUGCCCAGGAGCUCCAAUGCGAGGCAGCUGGAUCUCCAAGCAAAGAUUAUUGUGGAACGCCUCUCGCAGAAACGGGAGGCUCUGCGCACGAGACCUUCCAUGAGCGUCUUGCCAGGUACCACCUUGGAGAGUGCGGACGUGGAAGACUUGUUGAUGAUCAAUCUGUCCCUUACUGAUGGCUCCGACGAGUCCACGUUUGGGAUCUAA